GUAUGCUUUGUAUAUUACAUCCAUACAUAUACUCUCAUGCGCUAGCUUUAUCAAAACUUUUCCAGCUUGCCAGAUACAUAUACAUGAAAGAAAAUUAAAAUCUCAAAAUUUUCAAAGGGUUGCAAUGAGAUUACUAGAUCUGUUUUAGUCUGCUGCUCUGAAAAGACCAGGAAUAUGUUUGAAUGUGUGCCUAUAUUAUUUAUCAAAUUCACAUAGUAUGCUGAAAUAUUUAAUACCGGUAUGUUUCUGAAGGUAACAGAAAUUUUUAUUUUCUGUAAACUUCCCUCUAUUUUUUCAUCUUGAACAGUAUGGAGAAAGUGUGUUUCAGAACUAAUCCCGUUAUCUCAGAUUAUGGUUUCAACAAUCUUUAGUUCUCACUGUUAAACAAACCCUGAGCCAAUGAUGAUUGUAGGCAAGCAAAUAGAGAGCAAUUGCAGAUUGAAGUAAAAAUAGCAAAAUAGACAAGGAAACUAAUGUGCUGAUAUUUGAUCCAAUUAGAAUUAGUUUUUGCACAUUUAUAAUCUUUAAAAUCUAUGUGGUCACUAAGAGGCAACAACUUUAUGGCAUAUAAGCAGUGAUCUCUAGAUAUAUUAGUAUAUUCUGUAAAGUACUGUCAUUGUAAUAACUAUAGAUUUGGUUUGGUGGGAUUAAUUGCUAAAUCAAGUCCACUCAAUUAUGUGUGUGGUUUUUUAAAGUGUGUCUUAGCAAGCCACAAGAGGGCUCUGUAUAUAGUGAAUGCUGCAUUCUUUUCAGGAUGUGAGUUAAAGGGGAGAAUUCAGCUCUGAGGAGCAUUUAACAUCACUACUAGUCAGAAGCAAAUGUAUUUGCCAGCUGUAAAUUUACAACUGCAUAGAAUUUUAUUGUUAAAUAGGACUAGCUUUUAUUUAGGUAUAGCUGGCAUGUUAUUUUUAUUGCUUCACUUGAAAAUAGUUGGUAUUACGAUUGUAUUUUUUAUCACUAUAUUAAACUUUUGGAGUGUUUUUAGUGUAUUUUCUGCAAAUUAAAUAAGCUGCUAAGAAUACCAGACAUUAACCAAAUUGCUGUUACCUGUCAUAUUUGUACAUUUUAAAACCAUGUAUUGUCAUGCAUGACAAACACAUUUGUUAAAAAUGCCCUCAAGUUUAGUGUCCUUGAAAAUGAUUCACCAGGGUUUUUUUUUAGAAUAUUUUAACUUUCCCACUCUAAACAAGUAUAAAGUGGUUUCUUCACCCAAGUACUAAUCCUGAUCUGCCUUUGAGUCCAGUUGGCGAGGUCGUGGUACACUACCUUGUUCAAAUACAGUGUCAAUAAGAUAAUUUAAUUAAAAAAUGAAUUCUUGAGAAUCAACUCGGCUCUCUAUAACAAUGGAAUGAGACUCUAAGCCAGCCUAUAAGAGGUCGCGUGGCCUCAUCGAACUUCAAAGGCAAGCUUUUUUCCAAAAUCUUCAGGAACCCGAGUUCUCGCGAGACUCUUCAGUAUCGUGGUUGCUAUAGAUACGUAAUACUGUCUCUAGAGUUAAAGGUAAGCUACGGAUCGCUCCGGGAAAACUUGCGUUGAGGUAAAACCCAGCUCGACUUUAUUUUUAUUUUAUUUGAUCAAUAGAGGCUUUUAGAAAGUAGGUAGGCAUUGAGACGGAAUUAUGCUUAAAAGAAAUAGCGACAAAAUAGCGUAUAAUUCUUUGAGCCCGGGACUAUAAUUCCCAACAUGCUUUUCGUAGGGACGCGAUUUAUAACGCUCGACAGCGGCGCAAAGACUUCUGGGAUGGUAGUCAGCCGAUGAGAAGAUGAGGACUUCCCCUCCCUCGAAAACUGUAUGGGUUGCAUUUGUUUAAAACUUCAAUAAAGAUAAUGUUAUAUUAAAAGAGAAAAACGCAAUGCUCUUCUUUUCCUUCCUUUUUUUUUUCUGUAUGAAAAAGUUGCCCAUAUUUGGAUAGGACUACCAGAGAUGGGAGUGCAAAAAUGUGAACGUCCAGAGAGGCAAAUGGCUGAUUCAGAAAAAGAGGUAAUUGAUCUGGCUUAAGUAGAUAAUGAAAAUCAAGCUAUGGAAGACACUUCUACAGAAAAACAAACAGAAGAAAUUACAGAUGUUAUAGAUUCUAACAAGGAGCAGACAGAUACAGUACCCUUGAAUGAAACAGGUCUAUCUGCAAAGCAGGAAUACAACAUAGAUUCAGUAACACAAGAAUUGGGUAUUGCUGAUGAACCAAUGCAAGAGCAAGAUGGUGCUAUAGAACAAGAGCUGGAUGCAUUUGAGAACCUGAACAUUAGUCAGGAACCUGUACAGGAUGCAGAUAUUGCUGAGGAGCUGUUGCAGAGAAUAGAUCAAACCACAGCCAAGGAACCAGACAGAGAGGAAAAGCUAGUUGAGGAUGUGGCUGCUGCUGAAGAAUUGGCAUUGGAGCUGGACAGCGCAGAAACAGAAUUGGAUGCAACACUCCAAGAUUUUCCAAAAGAUUUUGGUCAUGAAAUUAAACCAACUAGAAUUGAGACAGAUGCAUCAACAUCUGAAAGUACAGGUGCCAGUGAAGGUGUUUCUGAACAGUAUCCUGUUUUGGCAGCUGUUGUUCCAGAAGACAUAAACAUGGCAAAUUUGGCAGCUCAGCUUACAGAAAUGAUAAAAAAUGCUAUUGUAACAGUUAAAUUCAUGCUGCAUCCCGAUAUCCAGAUUUUCACGAAGACUUUUAACAUUAAUCAAAAUGUGGAGCAAAUCAAACAGUACUUUGCAAAGCGAUUAAAAAUACCACUGGAUGUUUUACAAAUUAGGUUGCUAGAGAGAAUAGUUGAAAAUUAUGAAACCCUCUGGAAUCUUGGUGUACAACCUAAUGGGACAAUACAGUUUGAUAUGUACUCAGUAGACGAUGAAAACUUUCCACUCAAAGCAUACAAACUCCUGCAAGAAUACUAUAUGCCUGAUGUUAUAACGGUUCAAGUUCAAACAGAGCCAGACACUUUUCAGGAUGUAUGUAUAGAAAUUAAAAGACCAACAUUCGAAAAACCAUUCUUGGGUGGAUUUAGACAUAAGGAAACAGGCACAGAAUAUCAUAAUGCAGGAUCACAGACAGAUCCCAAAAAACGUCUAGACAAAGAAUAUGAAGAAUUCUGUAGGUCAACACAGACAGUGGUAGAAAGAAAGAAAUUACAACAGACCAUAAAUACAACUUCUACACAAAUGACAAAAAUUGGUGUUUAUGUGUCAAAUGUCACUGAUAAGCUUAUAGAACCAAAGCCAUAUGUUACAGCUGAAGAAUAUCAUGCACGAAGACUUAAGGCAAUCAUCGUAAUCCAAACCUAUUAUCGACGAUGGCUAGCUAUUCAAUGGGUAAACAAACUAAAAGAACAGUUAAGAUUGAGAUUGGAAUGGGAAAGGCAAGAAGAACUAAGAAAACAGAGAGAGAGGGAAGAAAAAUUGCUAAGGGAGUAUAAUCGAAGAAUGCAUCCUAAAACAAAGGAUGAUUUUGAAUUACUUUAUCAUGCCUUAGAAUUAUGGAGAAAAGAGGAACUUGAGGGUAUCAACAGCACUUUCACUGGAGCUGAACGGAAAGCAGCUCUCUGUGGACUUCUAGAAAAAGAGACCCAGCUGAUUGCUUGCAUUGGGAGACACAAAAUAAAUGCAGCAGAAGAGAACCAUGAAAAAGCAAUCCUGUUCUUUUUGGAAAAGUGUGCAGAACCAAAAAGAUGGAAAGCAUUCGAUGGCAGAACCACAGAAAUGGAUACACAAUUCACACUGCGGGCCAGGGAAUUACUUGGAAUCUAUCGCAGCAUUAGUAUGAAAGAUCUUCCCCAAGAUGAACGGCUAGAUGUGUUGUUAGCCCUGAAACAUACAGUGAAGGAACACGAAUGUAAACUCACGCAAGAAAUAGUGGAAUUAAUUGAUAGAGAAGCAGACCUCAUGAUGCGGGCAGUGAAGGAAUGUAAUUUACAAGGACUUCGACAAAGAAUCUGUACAUUAUUUCUUCAGUAUAUUAAAACACCUCUUUUUAAUCCAGAGGUUGCACGACUUCUCAAGGUACCAGCUGAUCCAAUGAAGCUUUAUCACAACAUCUAUUUUUGCCUGGGUUGCAAAAAAUAUCUACCUUCUACUAGUUUUGCCAUAUCUGUUAGUUCUUGCACCAUCGGCCGGUGCCGUCUUUGCUGCAAGCUGGACAAUGAGGCUCGUAAGAGGGAAGCCUUUUUGAAGUACAAACGGAUGCUCCGAAAUCUUAGAGAGUCUGAAAUGAAAUACAGCGAUGGUGCUAAGAUUGCCUUUAUACUUCAGCUCCAAGAUUUACACUACAUGGUGGAACAUUUCUGGGAUUCCCAGUCAGCUCUUAGUGCUUGGGAUGAUCUGUAUGAUUUGGUCAUGAUUAGGUGGAAUAAGUGGCAAGAAUGGUCGCCCUGGAACACUAUUCUCCUCAAAGAGGAUGAAGCUGAAGCUCAUCUUAAACUAAAUGAUCUUGAGACGGCUUAUGAGAAGGUGUUCAUUCACCGAGUAAGGCACAAACAAAUGCUUGCAAGGAAUUAUUUCUCUCAGUUCCCAGAACUGGCAGCUGCUCUUCAUAAAAGUGACAAGCAAACUAACACAGAAGAUCUUUCAGUAACAAAGUCUGUAACAACUGCUUCAUCAAAAUAACACUUAUAGAAAAGUUUAGAACUGUUCUCUUAAAAGAAGAGAACAUUGCUUGAAAAGCUGGCCUGAUCAUGAGCUUAAAGAAUGUUUGUUUGCAUGCCCUAGAUUUUUCUUUAAAUUGUAUUGCCAAAAAUUCAACUUAGAACUUCAUUUCCAAUUCAUUAUUGUUACACUGCACUUGCCUCUUUCACAUAUACCUCUUUGGUAUAUAAUAUACAAAAUGCUUUUAGUCAUUUUUUUCUCUUUAAAGAAAGAAUAUUUUGGCACGCUAGCCAAGUCUUAAGUAACAACUUUAAAAGACAAUUUUAAACUAGAGAGCUGCUAUUUUUUUUCAAGAAUGCCUGCAUAUGAGACCUGGCACAUAUUAAAGACCUUGACUUUCUUAAAGAGAUUCUACUUCGAUACAAAAUAAAAUGGAGUACAUUUAUACACACACACACACACACACACACACACACACACACACACACACACACACUUAUGGCCAGCACUAUCACUUUUUAUUGUAACACAGCAGAUUAGGUAUAAUACAAUUUAUUGAGGCAACAAUGAAAAAAGAUGUCAAAGGUUAAGUUAUUCAUUUUUUCUUACCUUUACUCUCUAUCUUCUUAUUAUCAACAUCUUAGAGAGUAAAUUCAAAUAGAAGUCAAACAGCCAUGGUUGAAGACAUUUUAAAGAUUUAUAACUAUUUUGUGUGGUUUUCAUAAUAUUUAUAUACUAAUAUGGACAUAGACUAAUACCUUGGUUCUUCAGUAAUCCAAUUUAUACAUAUUACAUAAUAGAUCAAUUUUUAAUUGCUGGAAGCAUCCGAGUAAAAUAUGGACAAUUGCAAGGAGGUAUUAAAUCUAUUCAGUUGUAUAAGCAUCAUAAAUAUUACCAGCAACUGCAUAAAGCAUCAUAAAAUUGUGUUCAGCCAUCAGACUAUUACUUGUUUGGAAAAUAUUUUUCAAAAUUAAUUACAGGAAAAGAUCACUGCUAUUUUAGAAGAGUGCAGAGACAUUGCCUAUAUCUAGCAAACCAGCUGAUAGUGUUUUCCCUUAAAAGUAAGGUUUUGUCAGGUACAAACUCCCUUUAAAAUUUCUCUCAGAGGUGUUUAUAUUAAUGAUACCAAUAAGGAUUCAUCAGUAUCAACAAUUUAGGCAGCCAUAGACCAUCGUUUCAAAUAAUGGGAGCAUGUUGAUCAAUGUUCUCACAUAGUGACUCUCUUGAUGGCAGGUGAACAAUAAAACACUCUGUCAUAGAGGAAAUGUGGUAAAAUUUCUUCCCACACUCUUUCCUCACAAUGCUUUUUACCUUCUCUCUUUUCUCUUUUUUUUCUGGACAGUCAGGCAGACGCAAACAAAGCACUGGCUCAAAUAAUCCAUUCCCUCCUCCUAAACAUAUAUCUGGUCUAUGUGAAUCCAGAGUCAUUCUUGUAAAUCAUAUUAAGGUAGAGGCAAUUACUUUGUUUUGCAGUGUGCCUGCUUUCUAUUUAAUUAAAAGAACCUGUAAACAAUUAUAAUCAGAGGAGGUAGGCACCCUGGUGGCUGCUAAGUGAUGCAUCCAAACACAUUGAUGUCAUAAGCAUUAUCUUGCAUUCCUUUCUUUUAGGUCCAUUUGGGAAAUACACAUAAGGCAAGUUACAACCACAACCAAACAUCAGGGCAACUUAAUUGUCUUCUACUGUUUCUGUGAUAUCUACUUAAUAUAUAUCAAAACUUUAAAUUGUAGAACAAGAACUUUUAACAAAUGUUGGUGGCUGCCUUUGCACACUAUCUAUGUUUCUCUGUUACUUGGAAACAAUUCUUGUAUGACAUAUACAAGGAAUAAAAUUCUUGACACAAAAUA